AUGCAGAAUACGACCCAGCCUGAGAUGCCAGCGGACACGGAUCCUGGAGCGAUAACCUUCAACAUUAUCUCUGCCGUGUGCUGGUCCAUGGUCACCCCUACGGCCAUAGUGACAAACACCUUCACACUACUGGUAAUACACCGUACUGCCAACCACGCAGAUGAAGUCAAUCACAUCUUCAUCGUGGCCAUCAAUCUCAUCCUCCUGUUGAUUUGUCUGUGCUUCGCCCUCCCGUCCACUAUCAGCUCUAUCGCAGGCGGCAGGUGGAUCCUAGGCACCUUCCUGUGCUCGGCUCAGAGUCUCGUGAUGGUCUACUUGCACUGCGUUAGCGCCUUCUUGAUGUUAAGCUACUCUCUGGAGAGGUUUGUUUUCCUGCAGUACCCGCUACGCUACCCUCGACUGAUCACCGUGGAACGAGCCAAACGCCUGGUAGCAUGCAUUCUCAUCCUAGCUCUCGUGAACAUCCCCCUCAGUGGGGUUUUGUCCGAUUGGAAAGGAGUCUACAUUCCCUCGUGUCACGUCUGCGCUCCUUACUCCGACCCUGUUCUCAACAAAGCGUUGUUCUUAUCCUUCUUCAUCCUUCUGUCCGUCGUUCCGUCAGUGGUCGCCUACAUCGUCCACACAGCUCUGCUGUUGACUGUCAGGCAGCAUCUAAGACGCAUUAUGGCCGAGAUACCGCGGACGUCGUUGAAUACGAACGGCCAACAAACGGCUGAUGACGGAGCGGCCAUCACCGGCCAGCGGCUGCAGGUGGCCACGUUUGACCGCAAGAUCCGAGUCAACAAAUCCCAGCUGAUUCUUCUGACCCUCAUCUCACCGUUGGCCCUCGGAGUGUACCUGAUUCUAGACCUUGCUCUGUUCGGCUUCAUGAUACCAAGGUAUUUAGUCCUUGUGGGGAACCUUAGUAUCUUCAGUGGACCGACUCUGAUCGGGUUGAAAGUCAUGCUCAACAGCAGGGUGUUCAAGCAAACCGCGAAGCAGCUUUUCACCUGUUGUUACAGCGUGAACAGCAACGAGUAA